AUGGAAAUUGAAUCUUAUAAUGGAUACACUCCCAAUCACAUCCAAUCUUAUCCAAUUAUGAUGAGUUCAACUUCAGAUCAUGGGAAUGUGUAUGCUCCAUACAAUUAUCCAUUUCCGAACGAUAAUUUAUUGUGGAAUAGCAGUGCGGAAGUAUUUAUAAAUCAAAGUGAUUUAUCGAUUUCAUCACCAACUUUAACUUCAACCUCAUUUUAUUGCCAAAGUUCAAAUCUAAAUUCAACAAACUCGGAUGAAAAUCAAACAACAUCUUCUGUUGGUGAAAAUAUAUCGAAAAAGUCGCGUGGGCGAAAGAAAGGAAUAAAAAAUAACAAUGAAGAAAACAUUAAUAAAAGAAAUACAAAAAGAUCGGAAUCACCUCCAAGUCCGACGAUAUUAAAGAAAAGAAGAUUAGCAGCGAAUGCAAGAGAAAGAAGGAGAAUGAAUGGACUGAACACGGCUUUUGACAGAUUACGCGAAGUUGUUCCAAAACUUGAUGUAGAUUAUAAAUUAUCAAAAUAUGAGACAUUGCAAAUGGCACAAACAUAUAUACAAGCAAUGUGUGAAAUGCUUGAGAAAGGCACCGAUGAAAGCACUUACACGCUUUUUGAAUCGGCAAGUGAUAACAACAAUUGUCGGAAAGCUUUGAAUAAUAAUCCUAGUGAAGUUUAA